UCGUAGAUAAUGCCUUAGAUCCCCUCUUCCAAGUCGACCUCUCUCUUGUUUAGACAUUCUUUCUUUCCUACAGCUUCCGACUUCGUCAUGAGCCACGGCCUUUCAACUCGCGGCAGCAUCGCAGCCAAGCCCGACGAUGGCAUGCUUCUAUGGAAGAUCGUGCAGGACCUCUGGGAUCCGGAGUCAAAUCCCAAAGGCUAUGUGAGCUUGGGAAUCGCGGAAAACACUCUCAUGCACGAUAGACUGUCGAAACACAUCCACGAGAAUUUAGCAGUUCCAAACCACUCGUUCACGUACGGAGAUGGCAUGACGGGCUCCAAGCGUCUGAAGGCAUCACUCGCGCGCUUCCUCACAGAGCGACUUCACCCAGUAACGACCAUCGAAGCUCAACAUGUCUCCGUCACCAACGGUUGUAGUUCGGCAAUAGAACAUCUUUGCUGGGCGUUGGGCAACCCAGGUGAAGGCUUCCUCCUCGGCCAACCCCAUUAUGGAGCGUUCCUUCCGGACGUCGAGUAUCGGACAGGCUGCAAGCUCGUGCAGGUCCCAUUCCACGAUAUCGACCCGUUCGGGUUGGAUGCGGUUCAGAAGUAUGAGGAGGCAUUGCUGUCUGCCAGGGAAAAGGGAAUCAAGAUUGCCGCCCUCAUCCUGUGCCACCCCCAUAACCCUCUUGGACGUUGUUACCCGCGGGAGACCAUCGUUGAGUUGAUGCGGCUGUGCCAGAAGUACGAUACGCACCUCAUCAGUGACGAGAUAUACGCUCUCUCUGUCUGGGAAAACACAAUCGACACGAAGCCAGCGCCGGUUCCGUUCGAAUCCUGUCUCUCCAUCAGUACAACGGACAUCAUGGACGCCCAUCGACUGCAUGUUCUCUGGGGAAUGUCCAAAGACUUUGGUGCCAACGGGAUCAGACUCGGAGCCAUAAUUUCGCAGCACAACCCGUCGUUCCACAGCUCCCUGACCCCCGUCGGCAUCUACAGCUCACCUUCCGGGCUCACGGAUCAUGCAACCGCUAACAUCCUCGAUGACCGCGAGUGGGUCGAUGGCUACAUCGACGAGAACCAGCGCAAGCUUCGAGAAAACUUUGAGCUGGUGGCUCACUGGGUCACAGAGAACGGGAUCAAAUACGCACCUGGGACAAACGCGGCAUUCUUCCUGUGGGUUGAUCUCGGGAAAGCCUAUCGAGAGCGCCGUCCGGGUGUAGAAGUUGAGGAUAUCAGCACAGAAGUGAUGCACGCGUUGCUUAGCAAGAAGGUGUUUCUGGCAUCUGGGAAGCAGUUUGGAGCUGAGCAACCGGGAUGGUUCCGGAUCGUGUUUUCGAACAAGAAGGAGCUGCUGCUGGAAGGCCUCAAGCGAGUUGCUGCUGCGUUAGACGGUUAGACUACUGAACUUGAUACGAUCUCAUCAAAUGUCUUGGGGCGCUCGAUCCAACUUACUGGGCUUUCUUUGCAUAAGCGCAUUGGGACAGUAAGGUAGUGAGACUUGGAUUCUCGGUGUAUCAUCCGACAUACACUGUUGUUGAUAACUGAGAUGAGCUGCUUAUCAUAAGAGAAGGUUUGCGCACUUUUACUUUUGUAGAAAUUCUCCUACCAGUACACCAAGCUUAAAUGAUCCUUGCGUUGAUCAUCAAAAGCCCCUGUUGGAGGAUGAAAUCAUGCGGCAUGGGUCACGAUUAGAUAGAGCUGGAAUGUUUAAACCUACCUCGUCA